ACUAUUUCACAUCACACAUUUCCAAUUCCAACCAUUUGCAACGCAUCGUCGUGAUUCGGUCAGUUCUUGGUGAAAUUACAAUGGCUACAAAAUUAUACUUAGUAUAAAUAACAUUACAAACCCUAACGGUUGCCAAAUAAUGUGUAGCAACGUAAUCAUAUCACAGUUGGCUCUGAUAUAGAGCGCAGUGCUUUUUUGAUCAGGUGAUAAUUUUGUGUGGUAUGAAAAAUGGAAUAUGUAGAAAGAAUCUAUCGUAUUAUUAGAGGACAGGUAACCAGCUUACCGGUAUCUGUACCGAAGACAGUUGAUUAUCUAAAUAAAUCUGUAACAAAAAUUCGGUUGCCUCCAUUUACUAAGGACAAUAUACUCUAUUAUUAUUUGCCCAUGCAUGGCUUGGUCAGUUACACAACAUUAUCAGUGAGUGUGAUGAAUCCUCACCUAAUGAUAAGACUUUUUCCCAAAAGGGAUUUAACCGAUGUAUUAUUCCUCACCGCUGGUUGUGGUGCUGGGUUAUGGCUGUGGGCUCGACCACACAUGGCUGCAGCAGCCCCUGCACGUCGGUUCUCUUGGGCAUUCCUUGGUGGCUGCUUAUGGCCACUGGGUUCUAUAUUCCUCUGGGCAAUUCUAAGAAGUUCAGUGGGUCAGAGGCCUGUCGUUGGUACAGUUCUGGGCAUCACAACAGGAGCUAUGCUCACUAAUAUUGCAUUAGAUUAUUUUCAUUAUGUUGAAAUGAUGUUUUGUGGUGAAGUUCAUCUUCCAGAAGAAGUUUAUUCGCCUAAUAGUGAUGAUGAAAAAUAUGAUAUUGAUAUCUAAGAUAAUAUUCAUAGUAAAGAAGAGCUUUUCCUUACUAAAGUUGUAAAUAAUGGAGAAAUGUUAUUUGUGGAUACAUGUUAUUUGGUAGUAGUUAAGGGCACUGUUGCUUUAUAUGUUUGAAACUCAAAUUAAUUUUCACUUAGUAUUGUAAAUGUUAUUGUGACUUAUAUUUCACUCUAGUCUAUGCACUGACUGCUUAAUAAAUUAUAUAAAUUUA